AUGGAAGACGGAAAAUAUGGUACUUUCAACUUCCAACCCACCAAAAUCUUUCGCUAACAAAAACAUCUCAGUGGAAGGAAGUCUCUGGUACUACGCACCAAACAAGGUAGCACCAAUAAUAUUCGCCUUACUAUUCAGUAUCUCAAUGUUCUGGCACUUCUAUCAAUGCAUGUUCGUCUCACCACAACAUCCCCACAAACCCCACAAACCCUCCUCUAACACCGUAACCACAGCCGCUAUAAAUGCUGGAAAGUAACCGGUAUCUUCCCUGGGCAGCGCUGCUCUUCGUUGUGGGCUACAUCCUACGAGAAAUCGGGACUUUCAACUACGAUAACGUACCAAUCUUCAUUUCAAGUUUGGUGUUUAUAUACGCCGCUCCGUACGUUUCCUCUUUCCCCCCAAACCCUGUUUGGAAAACCGAGGUCACUGAUAUAUAUAAUGACAUAGACCCAUCUACGAACUCGCAAACUACUUCAUCCUCUCCCGCCUCCUCUACUACAUCCCCCACCACACCCCCAUCCACCCCGGCCGCGUCCUCUCCACCUUCGGCUUCAUCAGCACCAUCAUCGAGACACCGAACGCCAACGGCGCGGCGCUGGUAGCCAACACAACUCUCCCGCGGAAGAAACAAGAUACGGGAAAGGCACUUUUGAAACGCGCUUUAAUCCUGCAACUUGUCGUGUUAUCCUGCUUUAUCUUCUUAGCUGCUACGUUCCACCGCCAAUGUCGCGCCGCUGGUCUCACACCAAAGAAUUUACGCAUCCCGUUGAGGACUUUGUAUAUUUCUUCCUCGUUGAUUGGGAUUCGGAUGUUGUUUAGGACCGUGGAGUACUUUUCUAUUUCCUCGCUUUCUCUUGGUGUCUCUGCGUCGAGCCCGGGACUACCUUCGCCGUUGGUGAGGUAUGAAUGGUUUUUCUGGGUCUUUGAGGGAUCCCUGAUGUUACUUAAUACUUUCCUAUUGAACUUCUGGCAUCCGAUGCGUUACUUACCUAGGAAUAACAGGAUUUAUCUGGAGAGUGAUGGUGUGACAGAGGUCGAAGGACCGGGAUACCAGGAUAAGAGGAAGUGGUAUGUUACGUUUUUGGAUCCUUUUGAUGUGAGUGGGAUUUUUAGAGGGGGGGGGUGGCAAGUCGAGUGA